UGUCCUGUCUGUGUUCUUGAAUUAAGUAAAUAUUGCAUGUAUUUACGAGCAAUAGUGAAUGGUACAAAAUACUUUGAUAAUUUUGGCGACACAUUGCAACUAGCUGAAGAUGAGUGUAUAAUUAAACUGAAAGCUUCUAGAACCAUUUGUAUUUGGGCUAUAAAACAGUGCACAGCAAUACUGUCUGAACUAGACAUCAAAUCUUUCCAAGGAAUAGGUGUAAAUUUUGGUAUCAUGUAUCGAGCAAAGGUGUUCCUUCCUAUUCUCCUUGCAUGCCUGCUGUUAGUGAACUACACCUCCUGUAAGGAGGGUUUCUGGAGAAAGCGAAGACGUCCGAUUCACGGCCUGACACACCCUGAUCGUCUCAAGAAGAUUACUGCUGGAGGAGAUGAAAACUUAGACCGAGAGAAGAGGGAUACUUUUGAAUACAAACCGCCGAAACAAACGUUUCACAAUUACUACUACAGAAAUUUUAACAUGGCACCAUCAUCGUAACAAGGAUCGUCAACAGACUGCGUAACAAGAACUGUCAACAAACUACAAAUCUGUGAAUGUAUAUUUUGAAAAUAAAAUUUUAAACGUAAUUGCA